CUAAUGAAGAUGCUAGAGGACUCAGACUCAUCCGUCUCUCUCACACCCCAAGCAAGGAGCAGCCUUAAAGGGGUGUUGAGAAAGGUCCCUGCAGAUGUUGGAGCAGAAGUGGUGAUAUGAAGAAUAGGGGAGGGUCUCAGACUUCAAAGAUCCCUUGUAAGCCUGAGAUCAAGGGACUGUGUCCAGGCUACAUGUCUGUCCCCAAGCACUGGACCAGGAGGGACAGACAUGGCUUGUUCCCAGGCUUACACAGACCCUGAUUUAUUCUCCCCAGCUCCUCUGACCUGUCAAAAGGGGAUCAUGCUUCAGAUCAAAGAAAACCUGACGCAGAACCCCUUGCCUUGGGACACAUUUCCAACCGUGACAUGUGAUUUGAAGGAGGUGUGUCAGGAGACACUGCUGCUCAUAGAUGUAGGACCUAAAUCACUCAUGGUGGGGAGCAAAGGCUGCAGCAAGACAGAGACACAGAAUUCCACCACUAUCUCCAUCCACUCAGAGCCCCCUGGAGUGCUCGUCGCCUCCUAUGCCCAUUUCUGUUCCUCCGAUGGGUGCAACAGGGCCACAAGUAGCAGUGUCCUGCUGAACUCCCUCCCUCGUCCAGCUGCCCCUGUCCCAGGAGGCCUGCAGUGUCCUGCCUGUGUGCAAUUCGGUGUAUCCUGUUCAAACUCUGUAAACAUCAUGUGCCCUCCUGGUACCACUCAUUGUUAUAACGGCUACCUCAAUCUCAAAGGAGGUGGGCUGUCCUCUAUAUUUAGCAUUCAGGGCUGCAUGGUUCAACCUUCCAGCUCCUUGUUGAACCACACCAAAAAUAUUGGGCAGUUCAUCGCAAGUGAGGGUCCUGAGAAUGAAGAAAAGGAAGAUAAGAUUCGCCAAAGUGGGGCUGUUCCUGUUUGCUGCCUGGCUUGGGUGGUGGGGCUGGGGAUAUCCCUAGCCCUUUGGUGUGGGAUAACCUCCCACUGACUCCAUUUACCCAUGAUUUUUCUCCCCUGCUGACUCCCUAAAUACUGCCCUCCCUCUGACCUCAUAACCAAACACUGAAUUGUUUUCCCAUCUUCUCUGUGAAUUCUCAUCCACACACACACACACUUUGUGAUCUGAUAACAAGAUAUGGAAGAGCCUGGGAGCAGCUGCAUUGUUCUUACAGCCACAUGUAUCUAAUAAAUAAAGAAAUCAUCUUUUUUCCC